AUGUGUGUUGCAGGUGGUGCAGUUGCACAUGUGUCCAGCAGCAACUUGACUCUUCCUGUAAUAUCCAAUGAAGCUCUUCAUCUGCCAAGCAACUCAGCUCCUCCUGAACUGGCAACUCAGCAACUUAGCAACUCAGCAUCAAAGGUACUCCCGGCUGAAUCUGGUGGUGUGACAGUUUCCACGGCUGAGACAACAGCAGAUGCAGUUGAUGUUGAGGAUGGUGUUGAGGUUUUAACCACUCCGCAGGAAUCUUUUGUAGGCAUGUCUUUCAAUACUUCUGAUGCUGUCAAAGACUAUUACAAUUCCUAUGCUCGUCAUACAAGUUUCUCUAUAAGGAUCAACACAUCCCGUGAGUCGAAGAAGGCCAAUGAAAAGACAAAGUAUAUCUAUGUUUGCCAGAAGGCUGGGGUCAACAAAAAAGAGAAGGUUGCUCAUGAUGGGCCAAUAUCUGAGAAAAAGAUUGAGGUUGAGAACUUUGAAAGAGAGCACAACCAUGAGCGUUUAAGAAAAUUUUCGCUCACAAAAUACUUGAAGUCCCACAGAGACAUACCAGCUGAAGAGAAAGAGUUCAUCAAGUUGCUCCAUGGAUGCUGCAUCACGACAACUCGUGCUUAUCAGAUAAUGGCUGAGUUGUAUGGAGGUAUUGAAAACUGUCCAUACACAGAAGGUGAUGCUAAAAAUUUGCGUGUUGAGUACCGUGCUGAAUAUAGAGGUAAAGAUUUGAAGGCGACACUUGAGUACUUUGAGGAAUUAAAGAAGGAAGAUCCGGAAUUCUAUUAUAGUUACACUCUUGAUGAGUUUGAUAGGGUUGAGAAUCUAUUUUGGGUGGAUGGUGCAGCAAGGAGAUCUUAUGAGCUGUAUAGUGAUUGUUUAUCCUUUGACACUACUUAUUUGACCAAUGCCUACAACAUGACAUGUGCUCCUUUCAUAGGGAUUGACAGGAAUAGCAUAACAAUCCAGCUGGGUUGCGGCUUUCUGAGGAAUGAGAAGACUGAGUAUUUUGUCUGGCUGUUUACUGAAUUCAAGAAAGCAAUGUGCAGCAAGGAUCCUGCAAAUAUAAUAACUGAUCAAGAUAUUGCGAUGAAGGCUGCUAUCGCAGAGGUAUUUGUCAGUUUAGUUCAUAGGAAUUGCCGUUGGCACAUUAUGGAAAAUGCUAGGAAGACCAUGGGUGCUUUCUUGGAUAGCAAGGGGGAUGGUAAGCAAGAGUUGACGGAUGACUUCAAGAAUUGUAUUGACAAUAGCUUCACGCUGGCACAGUUUGAGCAGAAGUGGCAGGCAUUUUUGGAUAAAUAUGAGCUCAACAAUGAUGAGAGGUUCUAA